CAUUACUCAUAAAGUGGUUGCAACAAGUAUGGCCUUAAAUUUAAUUAAGGUAAUCAUCAUAUAAAUUUUGAAUUGAUAUGGUGAUAUGAAUUUAAGCAACAGUGGUAUCUCCCUAGUCCCUAUCACUCUCCACAUACCCACCACACCCACCAAGCUAAGUUAGUUAAAAGUUACCUUCCUCCAACCAUAACCAACCUUGUCCCUCAAUACUCUUUCUAUUAUAUCUCAUAUCAAAAUCCUGAAUCUCUUCUUGUUAUAGCUUUCUGCAUAAUAAGAUAUAAUUAAAAGAUGACAGAAGAGGAGCAACCCAAUAAGGUGGACGAGGAGAAAUCUGUAAUUCCACAACUACCUCCUCCAGAUAACAAGCAUGAUGAUGAAUCCAAAGCUCUUGCCAUAGUUGAGAAAACUGAGGAAGGUGCUGAAGAGAAACCCUCUGAGGGAUCUAUCAACAGAGAUGCUGUGCUUGCAAGAGUUGCAACAGAGAGGAGGAUGUCAUUGAUCAAAGCCUGGGAAGAAAGUGAGAAAUCAAGAGCAGAGAACAAAACUCAGAAGAAGCUUUCAUGCAUUUCAUCAUGGGAAAAGAGUAAAAUAGCUUCCACGGAGGCUGAACUGAAAAAGAUUCAUCAACAACUGGAGAAGAAAAAGGCAGAACAUGCAGAGAAAUUGAGAAACAAAAUAGCAGCAAUUCACAGGGAAGCUGAAGAGAAGAGGGCAUUCACUGAGGCCAAGAAAGGGGAAGAUAUCCUCAAGGCAGAGGAGACAGCUGCAAAGUAUAGAGCAACUGAAACAGCUCCAAAGAAAAUCUUUGGUUGUUUCUAACUCUACAAUCUUCCAAGCUUGAUUGAAAUGUUAGUAUGUGUGUGUUCUGGGCUGAUUUUUUAGCUCAUGUAUUUAUUGUGAUGUGGGCAUAGUGAUAUGUUGACAUGUAUAUAACAUUACUUUGUCAAUAAAGAAAUUGAAUAAUUUAAUUUGGACAA